CCUUAAAGUCACCAGAAUAUUGAUCUUUUGGACCACAACCGCCCAAACCUCCCAGCCAUGAUUUCAGGAUGAAUGGAGAGGUUCACAAAGAAUUGUAGAGGCUUCCAAAAGAGAGAGGAGCCACAGGAAACCUUUCUGCUUUUCUCCCCUCCAGAGUUCUGCCAUCUUCCUCCAGACGCUGGUCCAUGCUUUGGGUACAUACCCCGUUAUUUCUACAACCCCAAGUCCGACAAAUGUGAGAAGUUCAUUUAUGGGGGUUGCCGUGGGAAUCAGAAUAAUUUCAAGACUUUCAAGAGCUGUCACUACACCUGUGUAGAGAAACCUGGCACCUGCCCCAGACCUCCUGCAGGGAUUGACACCAUCUGCCCACUAAGAUGUCUGAGUGACUGGUCCUGCCCUGGCAAGAAGAAGUGCUGCCCGUACGGAUGCAAGGUGGACUGCAUGAACCCCAAAUAAGGUGAGAGGGACAAUUGUCAGUGUUUGUGUAUGUGCAACACCAAGAAACUGGAGUGCCAGGUCUGUAGCAAGGACUGGAAAAGGGUUGUUUACCUUGCUGGCAUUUAGAACUUUUAAUUUCCAUCUAAUAUUUGGAGCAGGCUUCUUUUCUGCUGCUUCUGAG